AUGAUGAAAUUUACUAAGCAGGAUUUUAAUUUUUUAGUUGGUGGAAUUAUAAUUCAUGUAGUUGAUAAUGGAGUGGAUUUCUGGGUAGCUAGUAAAUAUUUCUGUGAGGGACAAUAUUCUUGGGGUAUAUUGAUACUGCGUUUUAGAGGUCUCUCAUCAGUAGUGACUCAGUUAUUCAGUUAUGAGUGGUUUAAAAAUGGCUGGGAAAAUCCUGAUCCUGAGAAGCUGAAAUGGAUCUUUCUAGUUCAUUUCUUUCACUAUGGAAUUUUUAUAAGGUAUUAGUUUGCUUUGAAAUAUGGCUGCCAGGCUGCAUUUAAACAAAACAGCAAUGGAGAUGUAUCAGAAACAGACCGUCCCAAUUUCAUUCAUAAACAAGCCACUGAUAUAAUGACUGAUAUUAGCAUGCUCAAGGCACUCAAGACUUUUCUCAAGACCACAUCUCAGCUCUUUGUCCGGAUUUACAUCCUUGUGGAACGACACAGUUUCUGUCAAUAUGCUGCCAUUAUCAUGUCUUUUUGUGGCAUCUUCUUUUCAAUGGUUGAUUAUCAGAUAUCAUUACGAAAAUCUCUGCCUGAUAAAGAUGAAUUUCAUGUGCUACCCAAGUUAGUAUAUCUCUUAUAUAAACUGCUUACAAUCACUUCUUGGAUACUCAGUAUUUCACUGAUCACUCUUCUAAGUGUCAGAAGUUCUGUAUUUCUGCUAAUACUCAUUUGGAGCUGUGGCUUUUGCUGGACUUUGAAACAACACACAACGUUUUGCAAAUCUAAGGUGAUGGAAUACCUGUACAGAGCUGUUGUUGGAAUCAUUCUCAUUUUUACCUUCUUUAACAUAAAGGGAAGAAAAACAAAAGCUCGCAUUUCUGUUUAUUAUGCUACUCACACCCUUGUAACUCUAGGUAUUUUGUUUGUAUAUUUGUUUUGGAAACCUUCCAUUACCAAGGAAAUGUAUUUUACAAUUGUGGGCAUCCUAACUAUUCUCAGUCUGGUGUUAGGUAUUAUUUUUCUUAUUGUUUAUUAUAGGCAUUUUCAUCCCACUGCUUAUUGCAGACAACAGACAUGCUCAGGUGAAGCUGACGGAGUUGCAGGAGAGAAAGAUAGAGUGGAAGUUGGUAGAUUUCAAAAUUUCGUAAUGCAAUGA